CGAGAUUUAUAAUUAUAUUGGAAACAACAGCUACAAAAAAUAUAGAAAACUACACUCUUUGCUAUGAUAGGAGCCAGUGCCUUCGUUCCCUACGUAUAGAUAGUGCGUGUGUUAAUAAUGAUAUGCGGCAUAAACAGAAUAAAAAGAGUACCUUUCCUACUUGAUCCACCUGCAUCUCGGAAAAGGAGGAUGAGUCGAGCAUCCAUACCACUAUUCUACAUCGACACCUUCCUUUUCAAGACACCGCGCGCAAAGAUCCAGACAGCUGGGCUUAUGUCGCUCUCCGAUACUUUUUAUAAAGUAAAUAUCGAAAGGCUGGGCCAGGACCGGGAUGCGACGAGUGUGAGAGAGUUGAAUCUAGAGGAAAUAAAUGCAAAGAAGGAAACACAAAGUAGGAAAAAUAAAGAGGGAAACACAAAGAAGAGUAGGGUGGUUGCUGUUUGGAGCUUAAAGAACAAUAGAAAGAGAAGAAAAAAAAGCAGAAGAUCGGUUAUUUUCGUCGUGAGUCGUCUGAUAGCCCUUGCUCGUUUUCCCUUCCCCUCUUUUUCUCUUGUAUCUGGGCUUCAUCUCCAUGAGCGAAUAAAAAAAUGGGUAUCAUCUGGCCAUUACUGCUCUGCUCGACGGCAGAAGCAGCUAGUUCUUCUUGGGUGGCGGAGAGGGCGAGGAAGAAGAAUAAGAGGUGGUGCUGGUGGUAGAGAACGAGGUGAUAGAGGCCGGUCGAGGAGUGCUCCUAGAUGAGCGCUGCACACCCUCGUCAAUCAGGGUCGGAACAGAACUCGAGGGAUUCCUGGUGAGCGGCAUCAGGCUGUCCAGGAGCUGGAUACGAUUGGUUGGUCUUGAUGUAUCAGAGAGAGGUCGAGAGUAGGCGACGUUGCGGAGCUGGAUGAUUCUUGUGGAUGGGUCGGCAACGAUGUCCUCUUCGAUGUGGAUGUAGCCUUGGUUCUGUUGCUGCGACAUUGUGGAUAGGGGAUGCUUGGGACGAAAGUAGGAUGGCUCGUGUGGAUGCGCUCGAGUGCUGUAGUCGGAUCGGGAGAUGCUGAACUUGGCUCGUGCUUGGGGUUGCUAGGGCUUACUGUGG